UUAAAGCCUUUCACUAGCCUGAAAAAUCCUUCUACUAGCGUUUUCAAUGGUCUCUUAUCACAAAUUGUACCAGACGAAAAUAUCCCCUUCGUUUAAUCUAUGACGACAAGGAAACAAACAAUAUGUGGCAUUGGCUACUUGAUUGACGGCUGGCUUUAAUUUGUAAAAAUGUCGAUAACUAUGGCUAUCGCACAAGCGGUUUCAGGUCUCCGAGGACAUCCCAUUUUUGUUUGUGGACAAUCAGCGACUAGGCUACUCCGUUUAGACCGUCGCUCUCUACGCUGUCCUGUUGUGCUGUUUGUUUUUGUGAUCUUGUUUUUCCAGAGUUCAACACCAUGGCAGAAACUGAUCAAUCACCACCUAAUGGCAGCGUAGACAAAGCGGAGGACGCUGUCGCUGAAAAGAGUCCAUCAAGUUCUGUGUGUUCAUCUUCAGAAAUGGAUCUAGCAGCAGUUAAACAAGAUGCAAACGCCGAAGCAGCUGGAAAUCAAAUUACUCGAACGAACUUGAUCAACACGCUCCUCAUCUGCCUGCUCCAACUUUUGAAUUUUAUGGAACGAUAUUCCUUACCCGGAAUCUUACCCGUCAUUAUCGACGAAUUGGAUUUGAGCAACUUGCAAGGCGGUUUACUGCAAUCAUCCUUUAUCGUUAGUUACGUCGUGGUGGCCCCACUUGUCGGAUACCUUGGCGAUCGUUUUUCAAGAAAGAUUAUCCUGAUUGUAGGACUCUCGGUUUGGAGCUUGGUGUCAUUGGCCGGUUCCUACAUGACCACCUAUUCCUCUCUAUUGGCAUUGCGCUGUCUAGGAGGGAUUGGAGAGGCCACAUAUUCGGCUAUCGGUCCGGCAAUGAUUGCUGACAUGUUCGUCGGUGAUACCCGUUCCAACAUGUUGGCCAUGUUUUACUUCAUGAUGCUUGUUGGCGGAGGGUUAGGUUACAUCACUGGAUCGGGCGUAGCAGCGGCAACAGGCUCAUGGAAUUGGGGUCUUCGUGUCACACCAAUUCUUUCCCUGAUCUCCGUAAUCCUUAUUGUUAUCUUCCUGAAAGAACCAGCAAGAGGCGAGAGUGAAGGUUCCCGUCUUGUCAGCACUUCAUGGAAAAAAGACAUAAUCUAUCUCUUACACAACCGGAGUUUCAUGUUUUCGACGACCGCAUCUGUUGCCCUAGUAUUUGUCAUUGGGGCCAUUGGUGUAUGGGGUCCGCAAUUCGUCGUGCUUAGUCGCAAAGUUAUUUCGGAUGACGAGCAUACGUUUGAAGAGAUAUCUUUGGUGUACGGAGUUAUUAGCAUCGUUUCUGGAAUAACAGCUGUAGUAUCAGGUGCUUUAAUGGGCAUUAAACUUCGUGCUCGGUAUCCUGAAGCAGACGCUCUCAUCUGUGGCAUCGGGAUGUUACUUUCUGUCCCCUUUUUCUACGGCUUCCUGGUGGCCGGUCUCGAACCUCUAUAUUGGAUUUAUAUUCUGUCAUUUAUCGCCCUGUGGUUCAUCAAUUUGAAUUGGGCAUUGGUCGGAGAUAUUCUUUUGUACGUGGUCGUGCCUACUAGACGAGCGACCGCUGAGACGUUCCAGAUUAUGUCGGUUCAUGUUUUUGGCGAUGCCAGUAGUCCCUUCAUUAUCGGUUUGAUCUCCGAUGCUUUCGAACCGCUCAUCGAGUCCGAUUCGGUGGACUACCGCAAGUAUAGAUCACUACAGUACGCCCUGCUCAUUAAUCCGUUCAUUCAACUGUUGAGUGCCGCCCUCUUUUUGGUUGGAUCGUGGCAUCUUCUCGGCGACAGAGACAAAGCCAAACGUGCAGUUGCGAAUGGCAAUGCUAUUGCACUUCCACGUGUUUCGAAUUAAGCUCAAAUAAUAUGCUGUUUUUCAAAUUCAUGCUGACGUACAUAAUAACCUUACUAGCGUCUUCCGAUAUGUUAUCAACUUCAGUCACGCCCCUUGAAUCCUUUCAACUGAUCUUAUGGGAGAAACUGGGGUCAGUUUAUUUUUCUAUCUGAGCCAGUAAUGCUGUCUACUAUUGUUCAAAUCGAAUAAAAGAAAACAAGUAAAAAGAAAACAGGUUGUACAUGUGAACUUUUGCUAAGCUGAUCUUGCUGAUUUGAUUUAAUCGUGAUUGGUUAUCGGUAACCACCGUUUCCCAAAUCGAAUGUUUUGUUUUGUUUCAUCACUAGAUUGUUAAGGGCCUUUUCACGUCCGUUAAAAUCGAUCGCAAUGGAUGCCGGAACAGACAGUCAGUUAGCAGAAACAACUUCCGAUGGCAAUAAAGAAAAAUUCCAACUAACGGAGAAUUAAACCGUUCAAGUGGAAAGCAACAAACGAUCCCGCUUGAAAGUAGCUACCGUUUGUAUUCUUCUUUUUUUUUCAAUCUCACCUACUACAUGGAUCGAUUCAGCAUGGCUGGUAAGCUGGGUUACGCAGAUCUUUUGCCGUUUUUAAAAUAAAAUGCCUUUUAUUCUGAUUUAAAAAAAAAUUAUAUGCAGGUUUCCUGACAUCAAUCCAGUGCGAUUUAGGAGCUAAUGACUCACAAGCCGGUCUCUUACAAAUAACAAAUUUAUCAUUCCUUGCCUAAUUUUUCCUCCUGUGGUCGGUUACCUACUACUCUCGAAGGCUAGUAUUUUCUUUAAUUUUCCUACACAAUCCAUUUGUCAAAUUAAUAUCGGGUGUCAACAGUGAUAUCAUUUUUCUAAAUUCCUAUAGGUAAAUUUUGGUACUUAGAAUCUUUUUCUGGUCUUGCGCCACAUUGACGGCUAGUUUUAUGUCGGAAUUGUAAUCGUUUAUCGUCGUCAGAUCGCUGACAGGUGUCGGGGAAACCUGUUUUAUCUGUACGUAGUUCGCUUGUUAGAGUUUUAAAUUGGCAUAUUACUAAUUACAUUUUAUUUUGGCUUUCUGUGUGAACUCUUCCGCCUUGGCCCCCGCAAUUAUUAGCGAUCUCUACGCUAGUAACGUCCGCGCAAAAUACCUUGCUGUUAAUCACUUCGCUAUUCCAGCACUACCAGUAGGAAGGUAUUUAUCAAUCACUGUUUCUCUGUUCACCGAUUCUACUUUGAUUGCACGUGGAUUUAAAAUGUGGGCAUUUUGUCACACUAUCUAUACCCAAUGUUAACUGUCCCUUGAGGAUUUUGAUUAGGAAAGAAAGGAAUUUUUAAAACAUUCUUUAUCUGUCCGGCUGGAUAAAAUUACCCACAAAAGUCAAGUCCAAUUCAAACAAGUCUGAACAUCGACUGACAAUGACCCGUUAUCGGUGCGAUGGUACGAUAGAGUUUAUAAGUACUCGUCACGUGUCACAAUUGACUCGCAUCAGUUGUUGUUGUACUAAAUGAACUUGAAAAUUCUGUAGGCUACUACCAAUAAAUUGGUUUGAGUGAUGUGGUUUAAAUACCACACACGAAGUAAUAAAAUGUGUUUUAAUUUUUUAAAUAAGUUGCAUCACAUAUAUAUCCCGUGGUCUGUGCCAUAUGGUUUGCAGUUGUACCCAGUGGUAUUUGUUGCAUCCAGCCAUUUGAGAUGUGAAGCUGUUAUUUGCUGUAGAUCAAUUCAUUCAAUAGAAAGUGCUGGAUGGUAAAUACGGUCCAUAAUGAAUGCAUUAACUCCCUGCGUUGGUAACUGCACCAUAAAAUUAUAUGUUGAGAUUUGUCAAUACAAAUUUUUUUUAAAUUUUAA